CAUCCCACAUUAACGUCCGAGGGAGAAUGGGGCGUGGUCAGGGCGCGUUGCCCCGGAGACGGCAGCUUCCUGGUUACCGGACGCGUUGCCCCGGAGACGACAGCUUCCUGGUUACCGGACGCGUUACCGGCAGAGCGGAGUGUGAAGGUAGCGGAGCCGCCGUCAUGGAGGCAGAGAGUCUGCAGCAGUCCCUGGAUCUAGUGUCCGGCUCCGGCCAUGUACUGAGCCCUGAGCAGAGCGCCGCCCUGCGGACAUCACUGCUGCUCCUGCAGAGAGACAUGCGGCUCUCCCGGGUCUUCCUCUGGGGCAAGAUCCUGGGGGUACGGGGGGACUACUUCAUAGCGCAGGGCACGGAGGGAGGCGAGCAGCUGCUGGGCCGGAGGACCUUCUACAGCCUAAACUGUAUGGACUGGUGCCUUCUGCCCCCAGCAUCAGAAGCGGUCUUUGCAGAAACGCGAGCGGUGACAGGACGUUUUAUAGGGGACCCAUCUCAUGAAUAUGAGCACACUGUCCGAAAGAAGGUGGGCGAGGGGGAUGCCUACGAGGAAGAAGUGACCAAUCAUAUUAAAGAGGAAGCGCGUCUGGGCGCCACCAUUGCUCUGAUUGACAAGGAGGCAGCUGUGGUACCACGGGGAGCAUUCGUCAAGAAUCCACUGGGACAUGUCAAUGUAAACCACUGCUUCCGAGGCCUUACAGUGAGUGAGGCAGCAAAGCUCAGCUCAUUCUUCCACUUCUUCCCGACCCUGAACCCCAAGAAGAAAUCGCUGCUGGAAAAGGCCGACCAGGAUCCUUCCAUAGAUUUCCUGGACUCUCUUGAACACGAUAUCCCUAAAGGUUCCUGGAGCUUGCAGUUUGAGCAGGGGAACAGCGUCGUCAUCCUACGAAGUCUUCUCUGGUUAGGAAUGACGUUCUAUCACGUGCCCCUGACCCCACAGCAUGGGUAUGUUUAUAUUGGAACUGGGGAGCGAAAUAUCGACCUGCCUUUCAUGAUCUGAGAACCUCACUGAGGAAGGACUUGUCACAGAUAUCCUGGAUGUCCGCAUCAUUCUCUCCUCCUGGUAUGGGACUAGCAGGAGGGCCUGGCCUCAUGUAAUGACAUCCACUGUCCCCAAGUGCCUUGUACCUGACACCUGAACCACUAAUAUAUACCCGCCUUACAUUAUUUUCUAUAUUUCUGUGUUUAAUCUGUCAAUAAAAAACAUCCAUGCUCCAUUUA